UAACAACUUAGAUGAAUGCGUGGCGUAAACCGAAAGUACAGACUUCAGUGUACCACCAUCAACUUAGAAAAUAGAACUGAACAUGAAGAGACUGCUGCACUGGAGAACUGUUUUCUUUUUAACCAUUCCUUCUUAUCUGUUUUCCAGAGAGCAGAUUUGACCUCUGAUAAAGAUUUAUACCUUGACAACAGCUCUGUUGAAGAAGCAUCAGGCGUCUAUCCAAUUGAUGAUGAUGAUUAUUCUUCUGGGUCAGGUUCAGGUGCUGAGGAAGAUGAGGACAGUGCAGUGAUAACAACAUCCAGAACAGUUCCAAAGUUACCGACAACUAGUGAUGCAUCCAGGGCUGAGACCACUUUUCAUUCUUACUAGAAAUCACCUGAAGAAAUUGAGAAAGAAGAAAGGCCUGAGAUGGAUGCCAAGAAAAAGAGUGAUGAGCCAGGGGAUGAUACUGAUGUGCUCACUCAGAAGCAUUCAGAAAACCUCUUCCAGAGAACGGAAGUUUUGGCAGCUGUUAUUGCUGGCGGAGUUAUUGGUUUUCUUUUUGCAAUCUUCCUUAUCCUGCUGCUGGUGUAUCGCAUGAGAAAGAAGGAUGAAGGCAGUUACGACCUUGGUGAACGUAAACCAUCGUGUGCUGCCUAUCAAAAGGCACCAACUAAGGAGUUUUAUGCAUAAAAUUCCUAUUUAGUGUCUCUAUUUAUGAGAUCACUGAACUUUUUUAAAUAAAGCUUUUGCAUAGAAUAAUGAAGUUUUUUUUUCAUUAAAGAGCCAUUAUGGCACCUUUAUGAUAAAACCCCAUUGUAUUUAAAACUUUUCACGUAUUCGUUUAAAAAUGUAAAAUUAAAACUUAACAUUUGCAGUGUUCUGUGAAUAACAGUGGCAAAGCAUUAUUUUAUAAAACCAUUGAUGUUCACUGAAUGAUUUUUAAAACUUUAUGCAUAAAUAUAAAAUAAUGAAAAUUAUUGUUUUUAUCCUAUGGUUCAAUGAAAGUUGUUUAAUUUUGGUCAGCAUGUCUCAGAUUGAUCUUACAACUUAGUUUUUAUUUCAUUAAUUUAUCUGUUUCCAAAAAAUGCCUUUUUGUAGUUGUCAUGGUGCAAUUUGUCUUCAGAUAAUUCAGAUAACAGUAACUUUUAGUGUAAAUGUAAUUUUUCAGCUAUGUAAACUUCAGCCUCCACUUUGUAUAAAUUUAAGUGUCAGAAUAUCAAUUUUACACUUUGCAUUGUUUCUCAGCGUACCUGUAGCUUCAGUGAGAUUUGUAACAGCAAAUUAACGUGUAAAAUUGGAUUAUUACUGCAAACUGUAUAGUCGUAUUCUUACUAAACAAAUCUCCUGUAAGGAAGAUUUGUAGUAAGCUACUGACAAACCUAAGCAAACCCAAAGACUCUAACAGUAUUUUGAGAAGUUGCUGCAGAUUUCUAAGGCCACUGUAUUUGUUAAUUAUUUGCAAUUUGAAGGUACAAGUAGAGGUUUAAAUUUUUGUUCUUUAAAAACGCAUUUAAGUUGUAAACGUCUUUAAAGCCUUUGAAGUGCCUAUGAUUAUAUGUGACUCGUUGCAGACUGGUGUUAGUGAGUAUAUAACAGUAAAAGAAAAUGUUGGUAUUUUAUAAGCACAGACAAUUCUAAUGGUAACUUUUGUAGUCUUACAUGGAUAGACACAAUUGUAAUUUGGGAACAUAAACACUACUGAAUAAAUCAUGUGGCCUAAUACUGAGAAUUCUAUUGUGAUAUACUUUUGUAUGUUUUCCAUUUCAUGUCUAUUUGCUUAUGUUUUAAUGUCACAGAGUACAUUUAGUAGAUCUUAAAAAAUCCAGACCAAAAAAAGAAAGGCUGUUGAUCAGGGUGAUCCUCACACCGGAUUUGUUGCUAAGGUGGCAGAGAGAAGAGGGAAUGUUUAAGUCUUGCAUCUGGUGUAUUAGCUGUGGGACAUUCGACUUUUGAAUUAUGUUUAAUGGCAGCGUUGACACGGGCCUGUUCUUCCUGCAAAUGUUGUUUUCCCUGCUGUAAAAUUCAAAGGAGUACCCCAGCUCAUUUACUGUGUGUAUUUGUUUUUGAUUUGCUGUUCGCGUUUGUUUUUUCCCCAUCCCUUCAGAGAAUUUUGGUUUAUUCUGCUCAGACUCCAGCAGAAGAGUUGAGACAAGUGGAAUAUCUUCAUAAGAGAAGAAAGAAAUAUUCCCAGUAGAAGAGAGAAGUCUCUGUUGCUUAGAACUUAGAUAGGUGCUGGAUAGAGGGACACAGGGAGAAGAUGCUAGUCUGCCUCCUUAUAUUAUGCUUUGUAACAGACAAAUGGCUUCGUCUUCUGCUCUGUUGACCUCCUCGUCUUUUAUUUUUGAGAUUCCCAAAUACAGGUGUUCAGGAUGUCAAGCUGAAGUGCUUUUCAGAAAUGGCAAUAUAUUGUAAAUAAGAUCUGGUAGCUCUUCAGAUAAGAGUUGUGCAACUUGUAUUUGUUGCUGUCCCAAGUUCAGUGGUCAUUUAGGAACAAACAAAUGCUAUCCUGUGCUAAAAUAUUUAAUAUAUUGCUUUUUACUUAUACUGAACUGGCAAGUUUUUCAAAGCCAUACAAGUUCAGCAAGUAAAAACAGGGUAAGAAUUUAACAGGUAUAUCUUGUGCAAUAUUUAGUGAACUUCAAUUAGUAAAAUAACUGCUUGAAAUAACUGUGCCAAGAAAAGAAAAUUUCUGGCAAAUGCUGUGCCACUGCUGUAAAAUAAAGCAUUUGUUAAAGUGCCAAAAUAAAGUCUACUAUGCCUAAACUAAUA